AUGUCCCACUCCCACGCCACCCCGCAAACCCCAACCCUAGCCACCCCAGGAACAGGCCACAUCCCCACCGCAACCUCACAAAUCCGCAUCGCGCGCCCCUGUCGCGAUUUCACCGCCGCGGAACGCUUCUACGUUAACGGACUAGGCCUCAAAGUCCUCUGGCGCAGUGGACCCGCCCACGAAGUCGAGGGCGGCCAUGAGCUGCUGAUGCUGGGGUGGCCGGGUGCAGCGUGGCAUUUGGAGCUGGUGCUCGUUACUGAUGGCGAGGAGAAUGCGCCGAGGCCGACCGAGGAGGAUCUGUUGGUUAUUUACGUGGAUGGGGCGAUUGAGCCGGCGGUUGUGGAGAGGUUGAUUGAGGGUGGGGGAGUGAGGGUGAAGCAUUCGAAUGAGUACUGGGAGAAGUGGGGGGUUACGGUUAAGGAUCCGGAUGGGUAUUUGUUGGUUUUGUGUCAGAGGGGGUGGACGAAUGUUUAG